ACGAUUACUUUUCUUAUCAUUUUUGCGCUGGUAAACAGAAAAGUACAGUAGUUCUACAGCAAACCUUCCAUGUUUCAACGGCUACUCCGAACCGGAUUGGUUACUGCUUACAUAAAUUCCGCCGCGUUCACUUGUAUCAAUCGUACGUUUACCAUCGGAGAAAGUGUCGCAAAAAUGAGUCUGGAUCAGGCCAAGAAGAUCGCCGCUUUCAAAGCCGUGGAUGAGUAUGUAAAAAAUGAUACAGUGGUAGGAGUCGGCAGUGGCUCGACCGUAGUCUACGCCGUGCAGCGACUGGCCGAACGGGUGAAAACCGAAGGACUGAAAUUAGUAUGCAUUCCGACGAGCUUCCAGGCGCGUCAGUUGAUUAUAGAUAAUGGUCUGGUGCUAGGGGAUUUGGAGCAGAAUCCUAAGAUUGACUGUGCCAUCGAUGGUGCCGAUGAGGUUGACGCCGAUAUGGUCCUAAUCAAAGGCGGUGGCGGAUGUUUGCUGCAGGAAAAAAUAGUGGCUUCCUGUGCUGAUCAGCUGAUUGUAAUUGCCGAUUAUACUAAGAAUUCCAAGAAGCUCGGAGAACAGUACAAAAAGGGUAUCCCGAUCGAAGUUGUUCCAAUGGCGUAUGUUCCGAUAAGGAAUAGGGUGGCUGCCAAAUACGGGGGUAAAUUGAAUCUUCGAAUGGCCGUUGCAAAGGCUGGUCCGGUCGUAACGGACAAUGGAAAUUUCAUUCUCGAUUGGCACUUCCCGGAAGGCGACUUCGACUGGGAUGCCGUCAAUCGGGACAUCAUGAUGAUUCCUGGUGUGGUCGAGACUGGGUUGUUUGUAAAAAUGGCAUCGAAAGCCUAUUUCGGUCUUGCCGAUGGAUCUGUCACCGAAAGAACUGCCUAACAACAACGUACAAUAAUUUCUCACUCAAAGUUUAUUGGUGUUUGAUGCAGCUAUCAUAAUAUGUUCAAUAAAUAAAUAACAAAAGAGCAAAAAACGGA